GGGUGUCACGGACCACUAUGAUCCGGUAUGGUGCACUGCAGCGUCAUCAGCCCUCCUGUACUCCGUACGGACGGCUACCCAUCCAUACGAAGCAUAGAACAAUCGCAUUGUCGAUCCUGCGCGACGCGAGUAACAGGCAGCCUGAGAGAGAAAGAAAAAAAAAAAUCUCCGACGGCGUGCAUGGCGAUCGUGGAAUACAGGCGCCUUGGUGGUCUUUGCUCGAGCGGAUAUGCAAGAUGGCAUCAUGGGCGCGAGAUAACUUCUGCACGGGCCGUGGGACUCGUCACAAAAGUAAUAAUACUUACAGGAUAAGGCUGUAAGCACUGGAUCGAGGUACUCAGCCUGUACUCACUGGGAUCUCACGCGUGCUGUCUUCGCGGUACUUCAGGGAUGCCAAUCAUCAUUCUGCGCAGGCUGUACGAUGAGGGAUAUUCAAGUAGCCCUGGUCGACAUUGGGAUACAAUGGGCCCUUGAUCUAGGUGCUUAACAGCUGUU